CCGGUGCAUCCCAGCAGCAGAAAAAAAAAACAGCAGCCGCACAACAAUAAUAAGUGAAACCUUCUCUGGUCCUCUGUCUCUUGUCUGUGUCUCUGACUCAUCAUGUCUUCUCCUGGAUUUGUGCUGAUGUUCCUCGCAGCAGCGUCUCUGUGUCCUGGAGACGGCAUGUUCAUUAUGGAGCCACUGUCUGUCAUCAAACAGGAAUCUCUGAUGCUGGACACGUGUUCAGAAUGCAGACAGAUCGUCCAGCUCUCUGCCAACAUGAUCUCCAGCAGAGACACGAAGGAGAUUGUGUAUGAAACCUUGCACGCUCUCUGCCGGCGCUUUCCCAGCGAACAAGCAUCAGAGUGUGAUUCACAGGUGAAGAUGUAUUUGCCCAAAAUCCUGCAGCAAACCCUGAGUCCCCAGAAGUCAGAUGAGACCUGCAUUGCUUUUGGACUUUGUGCUGCCCCCAAAGAGGAACAGCUGCAACUUCCCCAUCAUGUCUCUGAUAAAGACACAUUCAGAUCUGCGAUCGGCUCAGCCAUCAGCAGCUACGAGCAGCUCAACCCAGCGUGCAGCCUGUGUUUGUUUGUCAUCAAGAAGCUGGAGACGCUGUUGCCUAAAAAUAUGACUGAGGACACUUUGAUGAAGCUCCUGGACGAGGUCUGUGAUCUCUUGCCUCAGAGCUACAAGGAUGAAUGUGAUGACUUUGUCAGUAAAUACGGCGUUCAGAUAGUGGAAUUCCUCCUGUCGUCUGCUGCGCCUCACACUAUCUGUAGUCUUUUGCACCUGUGUUUGUUCGAGGAGCAGCCUCAACCAGAGGUGGUUUUCCCCUCAGACUGCGAAUCGUGUCGCACGCUGGCGGUGCUCAGCCGACUGUACCUGGGUGUGAACGCCACAGAAGCUCAGACUUUCUCUUUCCUGCAGUCUGUGUGUGCCUAUCACCCCAAUGCCAUCCCUAAGUGCGAGGCUUUCACCAAAUUCUAUGGCUCCCGCCUGCAGAGGGUUUUGGGAAACCAAAUGGAUGUUCCACAUGCUUGUGAAAGAGGGGACUUGUGUGUUGCCUCGAAGAAGUUAGAGCCACUUGGAAAGAGUCGCUGUACUUGGGGACAGCGCUGCUAGUUUUCUGCUAAGUGAUGCACAGAACCGUCUUCUACAGGAAAGACAUUUGGAUGGCGUGAACAAAACGCUGCACUGCAACUCUGAUGUUAUGUGUACACAAGGAACUUUCAUUUUUACAAAUUAUUACUCUUAAAUGUUUUGUAUAUGUGAUGCACUUUAAUUUUUGGGGGAAAUUAUUCUCUCAUUUGCUUUUUCAGUCAGUCAUAGAUAUUAUUCAUGGCAAAGUUCGCAUGAUGUGUUAUUAGACUACGAUUCCGUCUGUAAGAUGAGUUUGAGACAAGUUAUUGCGCACAUAACAUCAUAAUGAAUGUGAAAACUGUUAGCUGUAAGCUGGACCUUUAGUAUGUAUGUAUACCAUGAAAUAAAGGCAGUUUAGACAACUGA